UUGGCUGAAACUUUUGGCUGAGAUUCAAAUGAAUUGAUGUUGUUUUAGAACAUAUAAUUGCUAAUAAGCUAGAUUUUUAUUAUUUAGUUUCUUAAAAAGUGUCAAAGAAAAAUAUUUGCCAAUACUUAAUAGAAGCUAAUUUGAAAAUAAUUUUUUAUAAUGGUCCGAGGUGCAAAGUGGUGUAGAAUUUUUAUAAAUGAUUUUGCAUCAUUAGGCGACGUAAAUAACAUUUGCUUUUUAUGUGGAUGUGAUAAAGCUAUUUGGAGUCUAAGCUCUAAACCUAGUUUACGUAAUGAGCCCUUUUUCCCAUUUUUACAACAUGAAAGCUUGUUAAAAUCAUUUAACAUAGGCGAAAAUGGAAAAUAUAAAUCAUGUAACAUUUGUUAUAUCUUCUUAAUUCAGCAAUGGAACGCCUAUGAAAUUAAUAAAACACCUCAUUCUAAAAGAUUAUAUUGGUUAAAACAUCCUAAAAAUGUUUUUUUGCAACAAAAUGAAGAACAUAAGUUAAAGAAACCCGAAGAAAAAGACGCUGAAGUUGACGAAUCACGUUUAGAUAACAUUAAUUUUUCUUGUACAACAUGCUCGUCCGACAUUCACUCUGUUCUCCUAAAUUAUAUAUAUAUUAACCAAACAAGUAAUGCAAAGACUCCAUUUUUUACGGAUAUUUUAUGUAAAGAAAAAAAAAUUUUUUUGAGCAAUGAUAAAAUUGGUGUGUGCCCUGCAUGUUAUGAAAUUUUAAAAAGGCAAUGGUUUUUUUAUGAAAAAAAUGACGUUCCAUUUAACUUGAGAAAAUAUACUGUUGAGAAAGUAUUUGAACGGAAUGUAAGUUAUGAAUUUUCUUGUUACUUAUGUCAAGAAAUUCUUAAACCUAUAGAACAAGAAAUCAUUUAUUGUAAGUUUGUUAAAGAUAAUCCUUACUUUCCUUUCUUGAAAAACCUUUCUCCAACUUUACAAUGUUUUCCAAUCACUGAUAAGGGAUUUACUUUUUCAUGCUUAAAGUGCAAAGUAUUUCUUUAUAAACAAUGGAAAGAGUUUGAAAAUUCUAAUAUAGAUCAAGAAGAAAGAGUAUACUGCAUAAAAGACAAAAAGGAACUAGCCUAUUCAAACUUUUUUCAAAUUACCACACCAUCAUGCUGUAUGUGCUUAAAAACUAUUAGUUUUAAAGAAAUGAAAAAAAUAUCAUUUGGUUGUGGAUCAAAUUUAAACACAGAAUUUCUUGAUUUAUUUUUUAAGGCCAAUAAUAUAGCUUUCAAUAAAGAGUCAGGUAGUGAAAUUACUUGCAAAGAAUGCUUUGAUAAAAUUAUAAAAGAAUGGAAAAUACAUUACUCUUCACUUUUUGAUCUGAAUAAUAAAGUAAAAGUGUGUGAAAUUUGCAAAAAACAUUGCAAAAAAUCUACUGAGGUUUUUGUUAUAGCUGUAAAUGAUGAGCCAUAUUUUCCUGUAUUACAGCAUUUAUGUAGACCAGAUAAAAUAACAGUUAAUGUUUGUCUUUUAUGUUCUGAUAACUUAUUGAACCAGUGGAAAUGCAAAAUAAAUUUAUUGCAAAUUAGAGUAAAUGAGUUUAUUUGUUCUUUGUGUGAAAAAGAGGUAAAUAACCAGUGUAUUUUUUUGCAAAGCAUAGUUAACUUAAAUCAUGGUAUACUACUGCAAUCAAAUCCAUUUUGUGUGAGAAUUGGGGACAAAAUUGUGGUUUGUGAAGAAUGCAAUGCGAAAAGUUUUCAGGAUACUUCGGCUAAUAAUAUUGAGGUGAAAGAAGGUGGAGACACUAAAACAGUUUCAGAUACUAAUCAAACAUUUGAUAUGAAAGCCACUGCUACUGUUCUGCCUUUUCUAAGCUUAGGAACAGAUGUUCAUCCUUCUUCUACGUCUCUAAGUGAUGGAAACUGCUCAAAAGUGACGAGUAAAUUUAUUCAGCAACAUCCAUCACCAUUACUGAAUUCAUUGGUAGCAAGAGGAAAAAAUUUAACUUCAGAAAUGAUAGGGGAAUAUUACGGAGAUUAUGAAAACUAUGAAAAAAGAGGUUGUCUGGAAAUGCAAUUAAAUUCUACUCAUAAGGAUCAACCACGAAGUAACAUUGGUUUGGUUUUACCGCAACCCUCAAAAACCCUCAGGUUUGAAGAGAAUCAACUGCCUGGAAGUUUUAUGAGUUCCUCUCGUUAUAAACACGAUGCCGCUGUAACAAUACGCUCCCCUUCACCUCGCUUUACACCUUUUUUGCCACUUCGUCUCCCUCAUGUAUCUCAAUCUUCAUGCCCUGUUCAUAGUCAAGAGCUUGGAACCCAGCUUGACGAAAGAUUUAUCAGGCAAAGUUCGCACACACAUGACGAUAUAAGAGGGCGCUUUCUCGGAUUACCAAUAGAUCAAGUUGCUCACACAACAAGAGAAUUCAACUCGGUAUACUUGCAACAUUCUCACAUAAGAGAAGACGUCUAUAGCAGACAAACUUCGCAACAGACAGAGCUUAAAGAUCAUCGAGCUAUGAAAGAAGAUGUACGCAGACGCGGUCUUGAUUAUCGUUGGAACGCUUUUCCUCCGCAUCUUGUAGAUGAGCAUUAUCGAAAACAUCUAAUGAAUGGUCUAGAACAUACUUCUUACAAGGCAAGUUCACCAUUUAAUAAGGAAUUAAUGCAACCUCCAUUGUAUCCACCCCAUUUUUAUUAUGGUCGCAAUCAUCCGCCGCAUAUCGAUUCAUAUAUGCACUAUCCUUUUCCUCAAAGCGAUUCUCGCCACCAACAUGCUUCUUUGAGUCCUCAGAUAGGGGAUUUUUUUCGAAGAAAACAAGAUACCAAAUUCGACGAACGUAUCAAUCAGGAUUUUUUAAAAGAGCACUUUAAAAGAAAAAGCGAGCAAGCUGAGAAAACUAUAGAAGAAAAGAGUUUAGGGGUCAGAAAAGAACAAAAGGAAAUUCCAAAUGGACAGAACAUGCCUCUAUUCAAGGGAAUAAAUGCCACAUCGAGAUCUCCUGGAAAAUGUCAGGAAUCCGGACAGCAAGACUCUGUUCAUUCGUUGGUUAUCUCUGAUUGUAAAACUGAGUUAGCUGCUGCUAGUAUAUUGGCUAAUAUGAAUCUAAUUAAGCACGAGUCACCUUCCAGCGGACUAGAGUGCGGAAUCGACAAUCAAACUGAAAUUUCUAAUUCCAAUGAAGAGAUUAGUGGAGAAAGUUGUCCUGAACUAGAAAAUAAGAAGUUGGCAUUUUUUAUUGCUUUGGGUCUGGUCACACAUUCUAGAAAGAGAGUUCUUGAAAAUGAAAUAAAUAUCAAUCGAUGGAAUAAAAUGUCUCUAAAAACUCAUAAUGGUAGACCAAAGAAAAAAGUAAAAAAAGAGAUUGUAGAAGAUGGAAGCAGUAAUGGUGAUACACGUGCUAACUCUGAAAUUGAUUUUUACACUGGACCCAUGACGCGCCAUAAGCAACAAAUGUUGCAAGAGCAAGAAAGCCUUUUGGAAGAAAUAAAAAGAAGAAGCUUAGCUGAUUCUGCAGAAGAGCAAGUUGAAGAAUGCAAGUCAAUAAAAAAAAAUUCUAUAAAUUCUAUCGAAAAGCCGUUCGACGACUCUAAGUCAGUGAGUAAAGAAACUGCGCCCAAAAGUCGUUUAUUUCCAGAUGGCUUCAAUAAAAUGUAUAAACUAUAUCAGCCUAAGAUUGUUUCUUCCCCUGAAAAAGAAAACUAUAGCUCUCCAAAAGGAGACAAAGACCGAAAUGCAUAUUUAGAACAUACUCAUCCUGAAGAAAACGGAUUUAGACGUACUGAACAUGAAGUUUUUAAACGCGAAAAAUUUCAUGAAAUCGAUCAAGAAUCAUAUUGCCGCGAACCUUUGAGUAAAACUGAAUCGGAAUUCAUGAAAAAAGACGAUUUUGAACUGAGAAAUAGAUUAAUUUAUUCAGGAAUGCAAAGUAACAGAACAGCGAGAGAAAACUUAUAUGCACGAAACAGUUAUGACACGCUUGAUUAUACAAAGUUUUAUAGUAAUACCGACAAUGAAUUGGCUAGAUAUCCGGUAAUUUAUAAUAAUAACGACAAUGAAUCGGCUAGAUAUCCGAAUGAAGCUAGUCCUGAAAGAUUUUUACCCUGGCCUGGUAUUGAGGCAAUUGGUUUAUCGUAUAAAGCAUAUCACACAGAUCUUGUUAUGAGAAGAAACCAUCUUAUAAAAACCUACGAGUUUCUAAAUCAAGAAGGUCGCAACGCUCUUCUGGAAAGAGAACAACUAGAAAAAGAUAUGAUAAUUUAUAAUGAUCGACGCAUGCGCAUUGUUGAGCGCAGACAAAGUAUGCGCCAGUCUUUAGAAUCUAUGACUAACACUUUAAGAAACAUGUCAAACUUAUAACUGAAAUUUGGCAAGUUGAAGUUGCCAUGAAUUUCGAGAUUCGACAGCUAUCUUAGUAAUUUCUUAAGUGGAUUUCUACGAAAAUAUUUCUUAGAACAUUGAUUAAAAUUUACAUUAUUAUCAGUGUAGAUACACAAAAAAUUGUAUAGAAACAAUUAUUUACUUAUUUAUGCUUA